AUGACUUUUAGCCCAUCGCCUGGUCCAGGAUGGGAGGCUUUACAGCAAGAAUCACAAGGAUCUUCAACCAAUAACCCCUCUGAGGACGAACUGGAUGACGCUGACGACGACGUCGACCAACUGUCUUUGGCGAGGAAGCGGAAAGGGACAUCUCAGGGCGAACCACUUGUCAAACGCCCGCGAUACACACCACCGAGACUAAAACACGUAGAGAACACUGAAGGCGCGGGGAAAACAUCAUCAAGUGAGUCUCGUCAAUGUUGUCACUUGUUGCCACAGACCAAAACCCGAGCAGGUUUUCUUAGUCGAGAUAGUGUGAAUGCCGUAGCAGGUACCAGGGAGGAUGUACGAUCAGGGAGACCGAAAGCUGGUAAUAGAACUUUGGCAUCAGGGGUUUCUCCGACAUUUUUUGGUCAAGAUAUCAUACCCGGUGUAAAUCGAAAUGCGCAGGCGGGGCCGUCCAGGUUGAAUACGGUACCUUCAAGCACGGCGCCGGUGUUGAAGAUACGAUCGAAUGAUUACGUUUCCUCAGCCAAGACCAGAGUCAAACGUAAACCAAAGGAAUCGGCGAGGAGUUCCCAGUCGGACACUCCACCAGACUUCUCGAAACAUUCACUUUCUGAGAGUGGGACGAAGGGUAAAGGAAAGAGUGGCAACAAACUAUCGGAGUGGGGAUCUAAACCGGAAACAUGGUCAGAGAGUGCAUCGGCACCCGUUAGCAAACCCAAGCGAUCUACACAAGCCCUGCCGAAAAUAGUCGCUCCAGAAGAUAUCAUUGAUUUGACAUCCUCUCCGCCUCCUGUUACGAAACCCAGUUCAAACGAAGUAAUCGAGCUAUCUUCUUCUUCCUCUGAUGAUUCCAAGGAGGUGGAGAAACCCGUCCUUGUGCGUUCAUCAAAGGCGCGAAAGGACGGCCAGAUGGCUAGGAAGAGGAUGCCAGACAUACCCAAGCCAAAGUCCAAGGCUCUGCCAUCAUUGGUAGAUGAAUCCAAGUCGAAGGAAGAACCCAACAAACCUAAGCCCAAGCCCAGACCUAUCGCCAAAGUCAAGCCGCAGGUGUUUGAGCUAAGCGAUAGUGAUGAUGAUGAUGCGUCCGCCCGGCCAAAUCAGAGCAAGAGAAAUGGCUUUGGUAAGGACGAGGUGCCGCUGGCAUCGACAAGCAAGACGUCCUCUGCAAGCAAGCCUUCGACUAACCUUUCGUCCACAGGCAAGGCCUCUCCUACGAGCGACGUGUCUCCCACAAACAGGACACCUUUCUCAAGCAAAACGAGGGACGCCUCCGGUACCAGCAGCACGUCUCCUAAUGUACCAGCACCACACUCUGGCAAAAGCGCAUCCCCUGCUAAAUCAUUGCCCCCCACUCGCCGCGAAUCAACAAGUGGCAUCCUAUCUGAACUUGUGAACGAAUGCGCUCUCGAUUCUCGAGACAGCCCUCCUACGUCAGCUACCAGUGUACAAGGUGACGACAACGCAAUGGACGUCGACCAAGAUAUAGACGUGAACAUGGAACCUCCGCCGUCGUCUUCUGCUUCUCCUCCUCGUUCGUCCCCUCCAGCACCUUCACAAAGUGCAUCAGCACAUUUGGGAGGUUUGCACCAGGACGUGGUUAUCACGCGUCCUUUGCCGCUGCCAGCUCCCGCAAAAGUGCUCGAUAACCAAAUUGCUCCAACCAGCGCGAAUAUAAACUCCCAUUUUGUACAAUGGCCACUCCCUCCAAUCAAACCACUACCGAAACACAAGCCGCCUGUCAUUGGGUCGCUGUCCUUGGCUUCUGGCUCCACCUCUACACCCUCUACAUCAGCUUCAACACCCAGCCGUCCGAGUACCUCUCUUAACGCUAAGCUUACACCAUUGACCUCGAAAACACAUAGGCUCUCCGCAUCUGCGGCGUUUCAACAGAAGAUUCGGUCUACACCAGUGAAGAAUGCUACUCCGGCAGAGCCGGUGUCAACUGAGAAAUCUACUCCUUCUACAGUCAAUGAGUCCGCAAAAACCACAGCCUCUACAUCUUCCACCUCUAUAUCGUUACAAGAAUCUGCUUUUCCUUCUCCUUUGCAGGCGAAGUCCCGGUUAUCUGCUUCGGAUAUGUUGAGGUUCUCGCGACCUGCAGCAACCCCUCCCACAGUGUUGCCUUCUUCCUCGCAGAAGCCUUUAACUUCAUCAUCGAUAGAAUCUACCCCGUCAGAGGCAAUGCCUAAUAACCCUCCCACGGCAUCUCAGAAGCCUCCUCUACCGCGUAAGAGUGUGCUUUCGCAGAUAACUCUGGCGAAGCAAGCUUCCCAACCAAUUUCUGGCUCUAGCACAGCGCAUUCAUCAUUGCAGGUUACAUCGACGCUUCCUGAGACCCAGUUGGCCCCUCCACCCACUUCUGCUGCUGCUGCUGCGAUGGAACAGCAAUCUCAGAGUGAGGAUGAUGAUUUGGCGGUGAGACAGGUCACACCUGCUCCGCACCAAUCAGACUCUGUCGACAUGCGUCCCUUGGAUGUCGCCCUGGGAAUUCCUAUACCUCCCCUGGCUACCUCUGGCACGUCUAGGAUCAAGAUCCAGCCCAUAUCGCCUACCUUGCCCCGCAACUCAGAUCGCAAAGAAACGGGUGCACUGUCCACCUCCUCUAACCCAUCAAGUCGUGUACUGGCGCGCAAGAAACUGGUUUCGAGAAGGCGACCAGGGCAGCAGACACUUGCGAAUAUGAUCAUAGAAGCUGGAAAGAACAACACGAUGAGUGGUCUACAUGAAACUGGGAAGGGGAACUCGAAGGAGGAAGCCAUCGACUUGACUGCCGAUGACGAUGUUAAUCCACUACCAGCAACAAAACGUCGAACGGCAAAAGGGUCUGAGCAGGUCCUGCUGCAGGAUUCUUCGGACCAUGAUUUGACAGGCGCAAUUGGCCAAUCGAAGCUGGUCAUGCAGUGGAUUCAAAAUGCUGCUGCUUCGAGUAAGGCUUCCAGUUCACGUUCUACCCCCGUCGUGGCUCCUCAAACUCCAGCUGUGGAAGUGGCUAAUGAGAGAUCGAGGUCGACAACAGAUGAACUUGCGCUCCGUCCCUUUCAACGGGCUCUGCUUGAGGAAGAGGAUGUUGAGCAACCACAAGCAUCUCGGCUCGAUUCACCACCUGUUCCUCUACCUGCUGAUGAAUCUCCUGACGGAGUCUAUGCACCUUUGAAUGAGGCACAGCGGCACUCGCAUCACAAUGUUGUCGAUGAAAGUGGGGCAGAAUCGAGCAAAGGGACGACGCUUGCUUCUUCAAAAGAUGCCGGUGUGGUUAAUUUACCUUCAAAGUCACACGCGACCUCCAUGCCUGCCCUUUUUGCACGCCACAGCUUUCCCGGGAGGUUACCUGCCCCUUAUCAAAGAGUCACUAAUAUCGCGACUUCCUCAGAGGCGGAAGACUCGUCCAUACCGCCAGCCACUCCUGAUAUGUCAAAUUUGACACAACCUACCCCACCUGUUCCCCAUCGAGCAGUUUCGUUAGAGAGGUUGCCCGCGCAUAGUGAGCUCCCCGUUAGAUCUUCAAGCAGAGGCGAGUAUCCAACGUCUUCUACGACUAUUCAAGGUGCCAUUGAGGGUGGAAUCUCCGCCAAAUCCAAGGGGAAGCAGCGUGCUCUGGUUGAGGAACAGUCCGACGAAGAAGCUGAGAUGGAAGUCGAUGCCCUUCUCGAAACCCGGAGUGUAUCUUCAGAGCCGGAACGAGUCACUUCAACUUUCAAGAAGCACUCUUCAUUCGCUGAUCCGCUUAUGCUGGAGAGUGGACGGACAACCCCAGGAAGCAUUCCUGAAUUUCGUCGCUCGUCAAGGCGGUCUUCGAUGGGCGAUCAUACCGACGCUGAUCUCGAAACAGACUAUGAAUCGUCUCCACCCUGCCGCACGCCAGAAGACGUCCCAAUCCCACCCGAGGGAAAGACAUACGGAGGGUUCCCUGCCAUCACAUGGAAGUCAUUCCGUCAAGACCCCAUCAACCUCGAGCGGAAAUGUUACUUUGCCAUGGACCUGCCUCACCAUCUCCAGGACCACAUCAACAGCAUGUCGGAGCGAAUUCGGAUGCAUGAGGCUAUGCGGGAGAUUCUGGAGUGCACCAUUAUGCAGAAUACCACUGAUGAGCCAGACGCGCCUCCGAUUCAAGUCUUCAACGACAUCGACGGUGAACCCACCCCGCCAUGGGAAUUUUAUUACACGAACCAGAUGUGGCAUGGGAACGGCGUGCCGCCCCCCGACGUGACGAAGUUGGAGAGCUGUGAUUGUGUAGGGAAAUGCGAUCCGAGAUCCUCGAAGCCUUGUGCGUGUUUGGAGAAGCAGAGGAGGUACUUGCAGAAUCCGAAUGGGGACUUUCAGUAUGAUAAGGCUGGGAGGUUGAAGGAGUCUCAGUCUGAUUAUCCGAUUUUUGAGUGUAAUGAUUUGUGUGGAUGUGAUGAGGAGUGUCGAAAUCGGGUCGCUCAACAGGGACGAAAGGUCCAAGUCAACAUUGCGAAGACCCUCAACAAAGGAUGGGGCGUCUUUGCAGGCACGAAAAAGAUACCCGCUGGAACUUUUAUAGGCAUAUACGCAGGAGAGCUGUUGACCAACGCAGAGGCUGAACAACGUGGGAAGAAAUACAAUCAAUUUGGGCGCACGUACCUGUUCGACCUUGAUUUUUAUUAUUUGAGGGGGCAAGAGGGUAAACAAUGGGAGACUCAAUUCGUCGUGGAUGCUUAUCAUGCCGGAAAUUUCACCCGGUUCCUUAACCACUCAUGCGAUCCAAACUGUCGCCUAACCGCAUGCUACGUCAACGAGUCCAACAUCGAGAAACCCCUUCUUACAGUGUUCACUCUCCGUGACGUGGAGGCGUACGAGGAACUCUCCUUCAACUACGGUGGGGAUCGAGCUGAUGAUGAUGAUGAUGGGGAGGGCGGUGAUGAUGAUGAUGAUGGGGAAGUCUCUGGGCCAAAGAGUGGAGCUGUGUAUGAGAGUUGUAGAUGUGGGUCUAAGAAGUGUAAGGGUGGUGCUUUCUUUUAG